AUGGUCGACGAUCAGAUGGUCAUAUCGGGCGAAGAGCAAAUCGAUAAAGUAAUUGAGCCCUUCAAGUGCGACGAAUGCAUCAAGGCAUUCGCAACCAAGAAAGGCCUCAGUAACCAUAUGCGUGUCCAUAAUAGCUCAGCACAGUCCCAAUCGCAAUUGCUCGAAGUGUGCGGCGAGAUGGUGAAACAUCGGCGCAACCUGGCGGCACACAUGCGCACCCAUGCUCAUCACAGGCCCAAUCACAAUUGUCGCCGUCGCAGCAACAGAAAUAUUGCUGCCGCUGCCGCUGCCUCCGCCAAUCAAGAGAAUGUUGUGAACGAGCUGCUGGGCGGCCACGGCGCCAAUGAGGCUGAAGCAGUGGCCUCAGCCAAAGGCAGCAACUCGGGUCCACAUCAUGUGACCGCUCUUGUGGAGGCAUACAGCCAACAGCCGGUGCCGGGACAGAAAUACUUGGUCGAGGAGGUCACCGAGAUGGAGGUGGAUGAGUUGGACUCAGAAACUGAUGAUGCCAGCGAAUCUUUGGGAGACUUUCAACCUACUGACAUUGAGUAUGUGACCAUUAAAAGUGUAUACGAUUCCCAGGUGGAGGAGGAAGAGAUUGAUGCCGAGGCCGAGGCCGAACCCGAGGAGGACGAAGAGGAACUACUGGAGGCCGAGGAGGACGAUGACAUUGAGGUAAUGGAAAUGCAGCUGCAAAUGCUCGACGAUCAGAUGGUCAUCAUAUCGGGCGAAGAGCAAAUCGAUGAAGUAAUUGGCGAAGUUGAUGCCGAUGACAUCCUGGACAUUGAGCGCGAGGAGCGGCGUUCCCUUAGUGAACAUACUAGAGUGAAACAUGGGACGGUCCUGGAACUUGGCUUUGGCAAACUGUUCACGGAUCACAUGCUCAAGAUCUACUAUCACAAGAGCUUGGGCGGAUGGCAGAAACCAGAGAUUACGCCCCUCGAGAACCUGGUCAUGCUUCCGAAUGCCAAAGUGCUUCACUAUGCCGUCGAGCUGUUUGAGGGCAUGAAAGCUUAUCGCGGUGUCGAUGGCAAAAUCCGCAUCUUCCGAGCGGACAUGAACAUGAAUCGCAUGAAUCUGGCCGCCCAGCGUUCCGGUCUGCCCACCUUUGAGGGCAAGGAAUUCGUACAAUGUCUCUCUCGUCUGCUCUCCAUCGACUCCGAGUGGGUGCCACACACAGAAGCCGCCAGCCUUUACAUUCGUCCCACCUUGAUUGGCAUUGAUGUGACCCACGUACACGUACCAUGUGUGGGUGUGGCCUCCUCAGACUCGGCGCUACUCUACUCCAUACUCAGCCCAGUGGGCAGCUACUUUAAGACUGGCAGCAAUGGCGCCGUCUCCCUGCUUGCCGAUCCCUCCUACACUCGCGCCUGGCACGGCGGCGUUGGCAAUCGCAAAAUGGGCUCCAACUAUGCACCCACCAUCAAUGUACAAAAGGAGGCCUCUGCUCGUGGCCUGCAACAGGUGCUCUGGCUUUAUGGCGAGGAUCACCAGCUCACCGAAGUGGGCACCAUGAACAUAUUCAUGUUCUACGUCAACGAUCAAGGAGAACAAGAACUGAUUACACCACCGCUGAAUGGUCUCAUUCUGCCGGGCAUCACACGCGACUCCAUUCUGGCCAUGACUCGCCAGUGGGGCAAAUUCAAGGUACGCGAAGCCACCUUCACCAUGCCCAUGGUCUCCGAGCUGCUCAACCAAGGACGCUUACUGGAGCUGUUCGGCACUGGCACCGCCUAUGUGGUAAGUCCCAUCAAUCGCAUCAACUAUUUGGGCCAGGAUCUGUAUAUUCCCACCAUGGAGCAGGAGAAGCCGGUGCAUGAACUGAUUCGCGAAACGUUGACCGACAUUCAGUACGGCAAAGUGGAUCAUCCCUGGUCGGUGGUCAUUGACUAAGCAUCCAACUUGUGCCGCACUUGUGUAUUAGUAGGUUAUAGUUUUUAGAGAAGAGGAAAAGAAUUUUUGGAAGUCAGAAGAGAGGAGAGUUUCUGGGUUGAAAAAUGUGCUCGAAUUUUUGUUUGUUGCAUUUAAAUGAAUGUUUGCACAACAUUCGAACUAUACGUAAAACACACAUAUACUAAAAGCUAUAUAUAUUUAUGUAUAGAUCUGCUUACCUAAUUAGCUAUAAGUUAAGGGCCGGGCUUUGCACCCAUGCUAUAUAGUUACUAUAUACAUUUACCUAUCUAUAUACGAUAUACGAUAUAUCAUAUAUCAAUCUAAUUUCUAUUUAUUUAUAUUCGAUGUUUUUUUUUUUUUUGAU